AUUAUUUUUAGCUUUAAAAUGUCGGCAGAAGUGAAUGCUUUGCUUCAGGAGCAAAGACGGAUCAAUGAGGAGAUGAUGACUUCUAUGCGAGCAAUGCAGAUGAAGCUGGAGUUGUUAACGGGAGGAGCUGGUAAUUCCACAGCAGGAGGAGUUGGAAGCAACUCUGGGACAGGGGCACCAACAUCACAGAUGCCAGGCUCUCAAAUGGGAGGCGCUUUCGGAGGUUCUAACGGAAGCUCUUUCGGAGGUUCCAACGGGGGUUCUUUCGGAGGAUCCAACGGGGCUUCUUUCGGAGGUUCUAACGCUGGAAACUGGGGAAAUGUGAAUUAUGGUAACUUUCCUGUUGGAGGAGGUAUGGGAGGUGGUUAUGGGAGCAAUGAGGCGGGGUAUGGGAUGGCAGGAGGUUGGAAUAAUAUGGGAGGAGGAGGAGGAAUGGGAUUUCCGAACUUCGGGAACUUUGAUAAUACUGUAGGUUCUGGAGGUGGGAAGAUGAGAGGAGGUCACGGUCCUGGUGGAAUGAACAGGGCUGAUGGUCCAUACAAGAUAAAUAUGCUGGUUCCUAAAGAGCUCGGAGAAUGGGAUUGUCCCGAAUGCGGAAACCUGAACUGGGCGAAGAGAGAGAAGUGUAACGGUCGAAAUGAAUCCUGUAAGGUGACGAAGAAGCCUGAAUUUAUUCGGCGGGGAGGCGGGGAGUGGAAUUGUACUGAUUGUGGAAAUCUGAAUUACGGUCGCCGAACUGAAUGCAAUGUAUGUAAAGCAAUGCGACCUGCCAACGCAGGACCAAUGCCUCCGAUGGUUUCAAUGCCCCCCAGCCAGUAUGGUCCAGUUGGUCCUAUGCAUGGAGGAAUGGGGCCCCGAAUGGGUGGAAUGAUGGGCCGUGGAGGUCGAGGAGGACAAGAUAGACCCGCGGGUGGGAUGUCACGACGGACACGGCGUCCAGGGGCUCCUGAACCUCGUCCUGGGGACUGGGAAUGUCCACGUUGCUACAAUAUCAAUUUCUCCUACAGGGAGCGAUGCAAUGGUUCCCGAAAGAAUGAUACUCUGUGUAACCUGAUUAAACCUGCCUUCAGUGAGUACAAGGUCCCUCCAGUUAAAGAGGCCGACAAGUUCUCCGAUACGGACUGGGAUUGCUGGAGAUGUGGUAAUAUAAACUUCGCCAAGAAGGAAUCCUGUAAUAAAUGCGACCUAGACAGAAGUAAAGCUCAUGACCAAAGUUUGAGGGGAGACUACGCUGAUUACACGAGUUAAUAAGUUCAAAUCUUAUUUAGUGUUAUUUGUUUACAGUGCAUAUUGUACACUGUACAGUACUGUACAGCUUAAGUGUUCAUC